ACUCUUUUAUUUUGUUAACAGUUGACUAAUUUAUGUUAGAGUCAAUGUUGAUUUAGUCACGUUUUAAGAAGUCCAUGUAGUAUUCUUGAAUUAUGGUUGAGUUGAUGUCGUAUUUGAUACUGGCCAUUUGUUGAGAUCACACUUGGCACGACUGAAACUGUUGGGUUUGAAAUUGGCUUUUUUCCAUGAUCCAUUCAUCUGGUUCGGAAAGUGGUCCGAUAAUCCUAUUAGCUGAUGGUUCAUAUAAGGUUCAGUUUCGCCGAGAUUUCUAAAAAAUAAAGCAUUGUCUUGGAGAGAAUAUGAUAGAUUAUAUGAGAUUAAUGGUUAUACGCAUCAUUAUCUCGAAGAAGGGUGUUGGAGAUAAAAACCCACAUUAAAAAUAUGAAUGUAACUUAAGUAAUAUAUAAGAAACUUGGACCAUUUCACUUACUAUCAAUUGAUUUUAAGUUAGAAACCUAAUAAAACUUAACAAAAAUAUCAAUUUUUUUAAUGUAAACUACAGUCAUAAACUAAAUCAACUAUUUGAUGGGCUUUUUGAAAGUUCAUAAAAGUGAGUUUAAAAGACAAAAAAAAAAUGAAUGCGUUCUAUAAGCUGGGGAAAAAACGCAUAUCUAUGGAGUACUACGGAAGAAGCAAAGAAAAAGAAAUAUGCUAUGUGAUAAUUUGGUGGAGUGUCAGAGAAAUACAUGCUAAAAUGUUCAAGUGCGAUAACAUAAUUUAAACGACAAUUUGUACAAUUUUCCACUAACUUUCUGAUGAAAUACGCCAAAAACAUCCGCACUAUUUGCAACCAGAAACACUAAGCCCCCUCCAAAAAGAGGUUAACCACAAACACUAAACUCUUCAAAAAAGUUAAUAAUCGCACUAACCAUAAAAACCUUUUAAGCAGAAGCAGGAGUUACGAAAAAUCAGAAUUUACUAAACAAUUGUAUAUGUAUGUCAACUUACAGACUUUACUACAACAUCAUGUGUUGGAGAAAACUUCCUAAAACUAGAAAUAAAAAAAUAAAAAAGGUUAAAAUAUUUUAUAGAAAGAACCGUUCAGUAGUCAAUUAAAAUAUUAAUUAUAUGUCACGGUAAUGCCGUUCCGAACUUUUUAAAAAUUACACACAUAGGUUUUUAAGUAGUACCACUCGCAUAUCCCCUUCUCUCUCUCUCUCUCUAUUUCAUUCAGUCCAUCUCAUGGAUCGAUGCCAAGAACAGAAACCCUAGUUCCUCUCUCUCGAUUGUUAAUAUUUUUAUGAAGUCUUACAGUCUCCGCUCAGAGUUAUCAGGUGAGGGUUGAUCAUGGAUGUGACCGAGCUCGAGGAGAAUCUCUUCGCUGCUAGCGAUGCCAAGUUACAUGGAGAUAUGUGUAAGGAGCUAUCAGGAGUUCUCUGUAAGGUACUCUCAAUCUUCCCGUCGUUGGAAGGAGCAAGGCCUAGGAGUAAAUCAGGGAUUCAAGCCUUAUGCUCUUUACAUAUUGCACUUGAGAAGGCAAAGAAUAUUCUUCAGCACUGUUCCGAGUCUAGUAAGCUUUACUUGGCCAUUACAGGGGAUGCUGUCCUUUUAAAGUUUGAGAAAGCCAAAGUUGCUCUCAUCAACAGUCUUAAACGUGUUGAAGACAUUGUUCCUAGCUCUAUUGGGUCUCAGAUUUUGGAAAUAGUUGGUGAGCUAGAGAACACUAGGUUCUUGCUUGAUCCAUCAGAGAAGGAAGUGGGUGAUCAGAUCAUUGCGCUGCUCCAGCAAGGGAAAAAGUCUGACAACUGUAAUGACAACACAGAGCUUGAGAUUUUCCACAAGGCGGCUACAAGACUCAGCAUCACUUCUUCUAGAGUGGCUCUGGCGGAAAGACGGGCACUGAAGAAGCUCAUCGACAGGGCACGCGCAGAGGAGGACAAGCGCAAGGAAUCAAUCGUGGCUUAUCUGUUGCAUCUUAUGAGAAAAUGCUCCAAGCUAUUCAGAAGUGAGAUCUUGGAUGAGAAUGACUCCUCUCAGGGCUCAGCACCGUGUUCUCCCACUGUUCAAGAAGAGAAUGGGAGUGUUCAUGGGUUUGGUCGUCAGCUGUCUAGGUUUGGCUCCAUGAACUUCAAGCCCAUCAACAGUCCGAGAUCAGGACAGAUGCCUGUUCCACCUGAAGAACUGAGAUGCCCUAUAUCUCUGCAGCUUAUGUGUGAUCCUGUCAUUAUUGCUUCAGGGCAGACUUAUGAACGGGUUUGUAUUGAGAAAUGGUUUAGUGAUGGGCACAACACUUGCCCAAAGACUCAGCAACAGCUCCCACAUCUCUCCUUAACUCCCAAUAACUGUGUUAAAGGUCUUAUUGCAAGCUGGUGUGAACAGAACGGGACUCAAAUCCCGAGCGGACCUCCGGAAUCUCUAGACCUCGACUACUGGACACUAGCUCUCUCUGGCUCCGAGUCCACCAACUCAAAGUCAGUAAACAGUAUAGGCUCGUGUAAUAUGAAGGGAAUACAAAAUGGUACUACUGUUGUGGAACAACAAUACACAGAAGAAAGUUUUGUGUCUGAUAAUGAUGAUGAUGGUAAGGAGGAUUCUGACAUGAAUGUGCUUGAGAGAUAUCAAGAUCUAUUGGCUGUGUUAAACGAAGAGGAGGACUUGGAUAAAAAAGGAAAGGUUGUGGAAAAGGUCAGGCUAUUGCUGAAGGAUGAUGAAGAGGCCAGGAUCUUCAUGGGAGCAAAUGGGUUUGUUGAAGCUUUGUUGAGGUUCUUAGGAUCGGCUGUAGAUGAGAAUAAUGCGGCAGCGCAGGAAAGAGGAGCUAUGGCUUUGUUCAACUUAGCCGUCAACAAUAACAGGAACAAAGAGUUGAUGUUAACUUCUGGGGUUAUACCUCUACUAGAGAAAAUGAUAUCUUCUUCCGAGUCCCAUGGUCCAGCAACUGCGCUGUAUUUGAAUCUUUCAUGUCUUGAAGAAGCCAAACCCGUGAUAGGUUCAAGCCAAGCAGUGCCUUUCCUUGUCCAUAUUCUUCAAGGGGAAGCUGAAAACCAAUGCAAGCUCGAUGCUCUCCACGCCAUCUACAACCUGUCCACAUAUCCUCCCAACAUCUCUGCCCUCCUUUCAUCCAACAUCAUCAAGACCCUCCAAGGCCUUCUCGCAUCAACAGUUGAACAUCUGUGGAUCGACAAGUCAUUAGCCAUAUUACUAAACCUUGCUUCGAGCCAACAGGGUAAAGAUGAGGCGGUGUCAUCACAAGGCAUGAUCAGCAGUCUAGCAACAGUGCUUGACAUGGGUGACACAACGCAGCAAGAGCAAGCUGUUUCAUGUCUUUUGAUUCUAUGCAACGGAAGAGAGUCUUGUAUCCAGAUGGUGCUACAAGAAGGUGUGAUACCAUCGUUAGUGUCAAUCUCAGUGAACGGGACUACGCGAGGCAGAGAGAAGUCUCAGAAGCUUCUAAUGCUGUUCAGGGAACAGCGGCAGCAACGGGACCAGCCAUCACUGAAGAGAGAUGAGGAGCCGCCAUCACAGAAGGAAGCUUCCAGGAAGUCUCUGUCGGCACCAAUGUAUGUCCAUGAAUCACCAGCUCAACCUUCAGCUUCAGGUCCGGAAUUUGAACCAAGAGUCUUGUCGAAAUCGAUGUCGAGAAGAAAGUCGUUGGCAAGGCCGUUUAGUUUCUUCUGGAAGAAAAGCUACUCGACUCGCCAGUGAGUGAGGGAGUGAAUGAAUGAUAUGAACAGCCUUUGUAUGUAAAGCUUUGUUUUUGUUUUUCUUCUUACAAGUUACAAAACGUCAUCUCAUAGAGAAGAAGAUAUGUACAGGCCACAAUGUGACUACACUCGAUUUUGCUGCUUUUUUUGGUUAGCCAAAAAGAAGAAUGUAUAUGAAUGAAGUUAAUAAAUAAUAAAAGUAUAAAACAAAA